CAAUCCAGUCGAGGAAAGUCUCGCUCCAGGCAAUCUACUAGCACGGGACAAGCAAGCAGGUCGUCUCGAGAACGAUCUCAGUCCGUUCAAUUGGCUCAGUCAACAGAAAAGGUAGAGGUGGCUUGGACCAACGAAUAUCGAGACUUGCUCAACGACAUGAUUGCGGACGCCAGUGGCCAUUCGGCGGCAUUCGAUCCUGCUCUGAGACCCUCGCGAAUAGGAUGGUCUACUUGGUCUGCUCACGAGAAAAGCACACUGUUUGAAGCGCUCGAACGACAUGGUGUAGGCAAUCUCCCGCGGCUGACACGUGCUGUGGGCACCAAAAGCCAGUACGAGAUACAGGUAUAUAUCCAAUCGCUUCAUCAAGAUCUUGCGACGCAGCACGAAUCCGCUCCGCAGAAACUCGUGCAUUGGAGCGACGUUUCCGCGGCUUCGGAAAUCACUGCAGAGUGUGAAGCCGCACUGAAUACUGCUGCUGAUGCACUCUCGUCCCGAGUCGAGAAACAGGAGCAACUCGCAGAACACAGCAAGCUCGGCGAUGGUUGGCUCAUUGACGAAAGGGUGGCCGAGGAAGAUGAGCAGUCGUACGAACAAGCAGUUGCGAGUACAGCCGAAAUCAAAGUAGAAGUGAAAGCAGAAGGCUCUCAGGAUGUAUCUACCACCGACACUCAAUCUGCCAUGUCAGACCCGACCCAUCUCCUGCGUCCUGCUGCAUUCCUUCAACUCUCCCAAACGCUGUUCAUGAACAAUGGUGAGGACCAACAGCUCAAUUGGCACCAUGUUGAUCGGAUUACAGACGCGACCGACGAACCUGCUCUCUUUAGAAGAGCUUGGGACGACCUUCACGCGCUGACUGUGAGUCUCACACGUCGGCUGGUCCAAGCAAGCAUCUUCCAGGCCAUGACCCGGCUCCGAGCCCAUGACUCUGCCCGAGCUGACUGGAGCCCAGUGGCAGCUGUGCGAGGAGUGGAUGUCAGAUCAGCACUGGAGAUGUUGCAUAUGGGACCCGACUGGAAUGAAUAUUGGGUGAAAGUUGCACGAAGAUGCCGGGUCUCGGUAUAUAGUGAUUCGAAGAAGUACAACGAUGGCCGGCCGGGCACCAAGAAUGGUUUUCUCCUGGACUACGACGAAGUCGAAGCCGCGCUUGGUAUCGACGACCACAUGGCUGCUGAUCAGAACAACGACGAGUGGGAAGAAGGAGAUUCAAGCGACUUGAUGGCGGCCGGUAGCGACGCAUACACAAACGUGGAGGAAGCUACCUCUGACGAGGAUGAUGACGAUAAUGACGAUAAUGAUGGAGGGAGCACAACAGAUGUCAGCAGAGGGCCUCCCGUCGAAGGGUUUCGCAGCACACGUCAGCGCAAACGACGUCUCAGCCCCACAAGCUUUGCUCGUGUGGAAGAUGAACAUGUCAACGCUCUUGACAGCCGCAUGUCUGCACGAGAAGAAGUCCGUUUGUGGCAGGAGAUAUUACAGGUCAGGCCACCACCGCAAAGCGUUGUUGAUGCUACAGGUAGUCUGGCUGCACCCACUGCGCUGCCUCCUGCCCCAUCGGAUAUGCAUUCCACGCCACAUGAUCAUGUGCCUCUCGAGUGGCGGAGCGCAGUCACGUAUCAAGGGCCAUGGGAGCACGGACGGGGUGUUCCCGCGUUGGAAGAUUUCCAGAGAAUGACAGCUCGUGGCCAUGCAGGGCGGAAACGAAGACGUCUCAUCCAGGACAGGAUAGCUGGAGUUGCGUUUCUUGUGAAGGAUUGUCCUCCUGUUCCUCCUCUCGAUGAUGAUGAUGAUGAUGAUGAUGAUGAUGAUGACGAUGAUGACGAUGAGAAUGUGAUAGACGACGAAGAUGCCAUGGAAGACGUCGAAUAAUAUCGCGUAGCGUAGCUACAUGAUGGAAGACGACAAU